AUGGAAGAGGUAAUUUUCAAUUUUUCUCUCAAGGAUCUUUACAAAUCACCUGAACUAGCACCACCUGUGAUCUUCGUUAUUGACAAGAUUAGUGAAGAACUUGAUGUCGAAGCUUACCGUAAUUACUCGAAAUCGUCAUCGUCGGAAAACGUUGAUGUCGAGUUGUGCGGAAGGAAUUGCGAGCUGAAGCUUGCAGUGAUGGUAGUUGAUGUGCGGAAGAUUGAAUCGGCGACUGUGAGGUGGUUCUGCUUGCGGAAGAUUGAAUCGGCGACUGUGAGGUGGUUCUGCUUGCGGAAGAUUGAAUCAGCGACUGUGAGGUGGUUCUGCUUGCGGAAGAUUGAAUCGGAAGACGGUGUUGACGGUGAGAACGGUUUGGUGAGUAGAAGGACGGAAGCUGAUGGAAAUUGA